GGCAUCUGGUUGCCCUGGAGUUGAAAGCAGAGUGCUAGAGUUAAGCUUUGAAUUGCUCAGGGCAUAGAGAAUUCCCAUUACAACGUGUGCGGACACCCUUGUUAUACAAGGUGGUCACAGAAAUUAUCUAAGGAGCCUUGUGCACGGAUUUCAACUAAAAACCCGUUUCAAGGUCUUGUGCAAGUCAGAGUGACUGGGUGGAGGAAGGUGGCAGCGAAACGAACAAGGCUGUAAAGGUGAGGUCCUGACCUGUUCCAAGGAGAAUUCAGACUCGACCCUGAUCUGUCAGCAAUCAUGUCAAACAGUACCUUUAAUAAGAUGUGGGCUGACACCCAUGAGGCACUUAAUGAUCUUCUGAAGGAGGAAUUCUCUUCUCAUGAUGCCAAAUCACUUACUGACCGCAUGAUGAUCUUCCAGAUGCUGGCAGCCUUCUACAUUAAGUAUGUACAGAUUUUUCGCAAUAUGGAAGACCUCUAUGAGCAGAUAAUGCAUCCUCAAAAGAGACGGAUUAUCCACCAUGUACUUGAGGGUGUUAUGGGCAGAAUUCUUGAGCUAAAGAAUGAAAUGGUGAAACUGGAGUUCUCUGAGUUUCACUAUUAUGAUGAUAUACUGCAGGAUCUCAAGCUAACCCCGGAAGCCCUAGAGAUCCCCAUUCCCAGGUACUUUAUGAAGAAUAAAUUAAAAAUUAUGAAGGAAAGAGAAAACAUUCUGUCUCGAAUAUUAUCGCAAAGCUCAAUGCAAGUGGAAAAGGAAGUUGGUAUAAAACCACUGAUUCUAGAGGAAGCCAUCCAAAUUAUUCAAAUCGCCGAACGUGCUCGGCAGGGGCGGUUGCGAGCUAAGUUUAUGCUGGAAAUUCGAAUGGAAGAAGAAAGAGAAAAUUUAGCUAAACAACGAAGAGCAAGCGCAAUGGCUCCUGACAUGGCUGCUACCUUAAUUGAAAAGCUUUGGCGUGGAUAUACUCAAAGGAAAAUUACCAAGAAAGAACGGGCAGAGGAAAUGAUAUUCCUUGAGAUGGAACCCCCUCCGGAUUUUCAUAAGCCUAGCUCAACUCAACUACAAGCUCAGAAAGUGUAUCAACAACGGCAGGUGGUACAGGAAGUACAUGAGGUGGAAUACCAGCAAGCCUUGGUUACAAUAAAGGAGCAAGUACGAUCAGUUGAGGGACCAGAUAUUCAAGAAACUUUACAGGAGCAGAUCAGACAAUGGUUUAUUGAAUGCCGAAACAUAACUGGAAAGUUCCCUGACUAUCCUGAUGCAGAGCAGGGAGGUUCUGCAGCUAUAUUUGCUUCAAAGACUCCCCAAGAGGUGCUUCAAGAACUUGCUGCACAAGAAGAGAAAAAGAAACAGAAAGAUAAAGAAAAGAAGGAGAAAAAGAGUGGAAAGGACAAAAAGGAAAAGAAGAAAAAAAAGAAAGGAAAAUCUGAUAAAGAGGAAGAAGAGGAAGGUUGGAAAAUGGCUCAGAGUAACUUCCUUCCAACAGUGGCAGAAGGUCAUAAAACAUAUGAAGGAGUUUGGCAGAACCGAGAUGAGUGCACAAAUCUCUCCCAGAAGUAUGUUGCUGAACUCAUCAAGGAAGAUAAACGCAAAGAAGUGGAGGAGGAAAUCAGAGUCCAGGUUGAUGAACUAAUGAGACAGGAGCUGAAAAACUUAAAAAUGGCAGUGGACAGGGCUAAAAGUACAAAGAAAGGAAAGAAAGAUGGGAAGAAGAAAAAAUCCAAGAAAGAGAAGAAGAAGAAGAAGAAGAAAGGAAAAGAUCUGACUGCUAACAGGACAAUUGAUUCCCUUUAUGAAGAGCUAGUUCGUGAAGGUCUGCUCAUAAAGCCAAAGAAUAUCCAACUUUCUGAUUUUGAAGGUGAGUACAACUACCUGGGAACCACACUCCGGCAAACAGAUAUCGAGCCUAUGCCUUCCCUCUUGGAUGUGAAACAACUGAUCACAUUGUAUGGGAUUCUUCCCUUGGGUUCACAAGCUGUCCAUGAGAAAGCUCCUAUAGUGAAGUCUUUGUUACUGGCAGGACCAUCUGGAGUUGGAAAGAAAAUGUUGGUCCAUGCUCUUUGCACAGAAACCGGAGCCAACCUUUUCAAUUUGUCCUCUCAGAACAUUGCAGGAAAAUAUCCAGGCAAGAGUGGUCUCCAAAUGAUGAUCCAUUUAGUUUUCAAGGUUGCCUGCCUGCUGCAGCCUUCAGUUGUAUGGAUUGAUAAUGCAGAGAAAACUUUCUACAAGAAGGUUCCAAAAUCAGAGAAGGGGUUAGAUCCAAAGAGAUUGAAGAAACCUUUUCCAAGUAUACUUAAAUCCUUGAAAGCAGAAGAUCGUGUUCUCAUUGUUGGCACAACACAACGACCCUUUGAUGCAGAAUUAAAGUCUUUCUGUCGGUCUUUCCAGAAAAUUAUACUUAUUCCAAGACCAGAUUACAGCUCUCGAUUUGUGUUAUGGAAGAAUAUAAUCCAACAAAAUGGUGGGAUCCUGACGAAUUCAUUGGAUCUAAGUUCCUUGGCCAAGAUCACUGAUGGCUAUACGCAAGGACACCUUACUCAAGCUGCAAAGGAUGUUCUAACUGAACGACGUAUAAAGCAGUUACACACUAAACCUCUCUCUGCAGUAGAGUUCAUUACUCCUCUGGCCAAGCAGGAACCCGUAUACCAAGAGGAAGAGGAAUCAUUCAAGAAUUGGUACAUCAAAACACCUUUGGGCAAGAAGAGAGCAAAAGCUGCAAAGGAAUCAGAAGAUGAUGGGAAGGAGAAGGGCCAAAAAGGAAAAGAAGGAAAGAAAGGAAAAGAAGGAAAGAAAAAAGGGAAGAAGAAAAAAUAACAUUCAGAUGUUAUGUAUAUGUUCUGUAUAUUGAUAUUACAUUUAUUAUUUGCUGUAAGCAUCCUGUAUAUACAUGCGUAAAACUUGAGAAAGUCAUUGUCUAUUAUAAUUAAGUUAAUUGAAAAAAUCAGUUAAUAAUGUACAAAGCAGUAUAUUAUCUAAUCCGUUUAGUUAUUCACCUAAUCAUGUUUUACUACUUCCAAUAGCAAAAUGAAAUAUAAUGCAAAUGGUUGCUGUAAUCAUGACUAGCUUAAUUAAUCAUGAUUAUGAAAUGCAUAUUUUGGUAAUAAAAAUACUACACAAAAACAGUUCCUGAUGAUGGUAAGAUACGGGAAAUCCAAAGAGAACAUAACACACUAUGCUGAAUUAUUUUGGUGUUUUCAGGCAAGUACUACAAUAUGGGAUCAUUGGUAAAAGACCCAAAGACCUUCAAGGCAGAUGAAAGCACAGCCUCAGAAAACGGGGCAUUGGUUUACGACUGAGACUUCUCUGAGGUAUAGUAUUACUGGGAUUUACUGCUUCAGACCAGGUGCAAGUCCUGGUAACUUUUUAUCUCAAAAUGAUUGAUGUUCAAUUAUAGUAAAUAUUCAGAUCUGAAAUCAUAGAAAUUUGUCUGUUCUGGAAUGAAAGGAUACAAGACUGAUACAGGAAAAUGGAGUAUCAGUGGAAGCAAAACUUUGAAUCGUUUCAUUCCUCUCAUUGAGUAAGCAUGGGCAGAUUUAUUAAACACUAUUCUUCAUUCAGGAAUUGUUAGGAUUCUUGUCAAGGAUCACAAACUUUUCAAAACAUGUAAGCAGAUAGAAUGGACAUACUCUUCAUUCUGAGAGAAAAUAUGUAAAACAAAUGAAACAAAAUCUCCCUUCUUUCUUUAACAUUGGCAUCUUCUGCAGAAAUUGAGUCAACAUGCUAUAUUCGUGCAUAUGCCACACUCUUAAGUACAAUAAUUUAACAAAUUUUUACACAGCGAAAAGUAUUUAAUGCUUUAAUAUAGUCCAGUCAUUAAGAGGCAAUAGAUGGUGGAAGUAUUCAUAUACAAUUAACAGAAAUCAAAACAGGCAACCUUGUCAGGUAGGUCAAAUUCAGUCAGAACUCACUAACUAAUAAAGUAGAAGAGAUAAUAAGAGUUGUCUGUCAAGCUGAAGUUUUACUUUAAACUUUUUUAAAAACUGAAUUACUGGAAGAGAGUUCACAUUUUAACCUUCACAAUGAAACAAAUCAGUAAAGACACCCACAUCAGACUAUUGAUAAUAUUGAAUACAGUUCUGUCUUCAAUACUAUUAUUACAAACACACUAAUCACCAAACUUCUGACCCUGGGAGAAAAUGUCUCCAUAUGUAAAUGGAUCACAAGGCCAUAGGACAUAAAAGCAGAAUUAGGCCAUUUGACCCAUCUGACCAACAGAUUGCAAUCAGUAAGGAUAAGCAGCAACACCAGCACCAAGAUUAUUCUAAACACUAGUGCUCCACAAGGUUGUGUCCUCAGCCCCCGAACUCUACUCCUGUACGCACAUGACUAUAUGGCCAGAUUCUUCUCCAACUCCAUCUGCAAGUUUGCAGGUACUUCUGUAAUGUGCUAUAUCUUAAAUAAUGAUGAGUUAGAGUACAGGAAAGAGACAGAGAGCUUAGUGACAUGAUGCCAUGACAAUAACCUUUCCCUCAAUGUCAACCAAAUAAAAGAGCUGCUCAUUGACUUUGGAAAGGAGGGGUACACGCUCCUGUCUUCAUCAACAGUGUUGAGGUUGGGAGGGCUGAGAGCUUUACUUUCUCAGGUGUGGACACCACCAAUAGCCUGCCCUGGUGCAACUAUGUAACCGUCAUGGCCAGGAAAGCAACAAUGCCUUUACUUUCUCAGGAAGGUUAAGAAAUUUAGCUUGUGCCCAUCAGUGCACCAUAGAAAGCAUGUGACCACAAGAAACUGCAGAUAGUUGUAGACACAGUUCAGCACAUCACAGGAACCAGCCUCCCCCGUAUGGAAUCUGUCUUUACUUCUUGCUGCCUCAGUAAAGCAGCCAGCAUAAUCAAAGACUCCCAACCAUCCAGGACAUUGUUGUCAUCCCUCUUCAAUUUGGCAGAAGAUACCAAAGCCUAAAAUCAUGUACCACAGGGCUCAACGACAGUUUCUAUCUCACUGAUAUCAGGCUUUUGAACAAACCCCUUGUAUGAUAAAAUGGAUUCUUCACCUCACAAACUACCUCGUUAUGAUCUUGCACUUUAUCCUUACACUGCACUCUUUAAGGAGCUUUUACACUUCAUUUUGCUUUGUUACUUUACAUUAUUUUAGCUCAAUGCAUCGUAUAUUGAUCUGAUCUACAUAAACAAUAUGCAAAACAGGCUUUUCACUGUAUCUUGGUGAUUUUGACAACAAUAAACCAUUAACAAUAUAAAUCAUAAUAACCAUUGUCUUAUUACACAACUAUUUCCCAGUAACAGAUUGCUUAACAGAGAAAAGUGAUACUGGACAGAAGCCACUCAAAAAAAGAACAUGACAGUUUAUGGAAUGAACCCACAUUCAUGUGGCUGCAUGCAUCAAGCCAGCAUGAUUCAUAUUCCAUCUAGGUAACACCCAGUCAACACGCUGGCACAGACUGAGAGUAACACUGAUUGUAGUAAUAAGCAUAGGAAAAUAUCAAAUUCAACAGGAAACAUCAUGUUUCCAUUGUUUCUAAGCCAAAAAGAAUUUAAUUGCAUACAAAGCCUUUUAGCUUUGGUUUAGUAGUGUACACAUGCAGAGUCAGAAGGUUAAACAUUCAAUAAUCCUCUAGAGAAUUGACUUAAAGUAUUGAAGGAGCAAAGAGUGAAAUCAGCGCAGUGAGGAAAAAUGAUUUAUAAACUAACAUAGGCUCAACGAUAGCAUAGUUGUUAUUACAACUCAGGGCAUCAGGGUUUGGAAUUCAUUUCUAGUAUCCUCAGUAAGCAAAUUUGUACAUUUCUUCUGGUGAGCAUGUGGGUUUCUGCUGGGUGCUCAUGUUUCCUCCCACGGUCCAAAGAUGUACUUCGGACUGGUAGUGUUAACUACUGGUUAGGAUGUUAACUGAUCAUUACAAAUUGUCCUGUCAUUAAGCCAGGGUUAAUUCGGUGGGUUGCUGGUCAGAGCAGCUUGAAGGGCCAGAAAGUCCUAUACACCAUCUCAUCUCUAAAUAGAAUAAAAUUAUUUUGAGAUUAGAAUCUGGAGCAAAGAAAAACAAAAAGCUGCUAGAAGAACUCAGUUGGUCAAAUAACAUCUGUGGAAGCAAAAGAGUGAUUGAUAUUUCUGGUCAAAACCUUGCAUCAGGACUGAUAGUGAAAGGAGGGGUGAGACAGAGGCUGGUGAGCGACAAAGGAUUGGGAGGCAAGAGGUUGGUGGAAAGAGACCAGGGGAAAAGUAGGCAGGUGUAACCAGAUGUGGGAGUGGAUCAGGAAAGUGAAUUAAGAGAGAAGAAACACACGCAGAUAAAUAUGUGAGUGAAGGACAGCUGAUAUCAAGUGUAGAAGGGAAGCAUAAUAAUGGGAGAGAGAUGGGAAAGGUAGGAGAGACUCCUUGGUGGACUGGGAAAGCAUGAGUGAGUUACCUGAAAUUGGAAAAUUGUUGUUCAUACCAGUGGGCUGUAGAAUAUGAAGUUUUAUUCUUCUAGUUUACAACUUGUCCACACCAUGGAGAAGGCUGAGGAUAAAUGAGUGGUAAUGGGGAGGAGAGAUGACAUAAGACCGGAAGCUCAAGGUAGCUUUGGCAAACUGAACACAGGUGUUCUGCAAAAUAGUCACCACACCUGAUCUCACCAACAUAAAGGAAAUUUCUUAAUGUAAUAAAAACACUUGAAUAAUGUUUAUCAAAUACCUGUAUGUACUUGCAGUUUUAGACUAAUUAGAUGAUUAAAGGUAAGUGAUAUUUGAGGAAAGGUAUUUAAAUAUUCCUUUGUCAAAUACUUCAGCCAAUAUUUCUAAACUUAAAGUUGGGAACAGCUAGAAAGGAAAACUGAUGAAGUAGGAUGUCUGAAUCCUGAAAGAGUAGUAUGCGUUUAAUUUCUCAGUUAGGAGACACAACCUCCAGCAGUUCAGCCCUCCAAUAUUAGCACACUGAAGUCUGCAACAUUUCUGAUAUUGUAAAUAAGUAUUAGAAACAGAACUUGAAUUAAAACCCACAUGUGCUUAGCAAUCAGUACAACUGACAACUUUGCCAAGGUGAGCAUGUAUGCAAUCCAAAAUUUCAUAAGAGAUGUAUAUAAAUAAUUGAAAUGGAGACUAAAUAAAAUUAUACCUGCAACAAAACAAAAAUACCACCUUGAGAAGGUUUAAAUAACCUUAAAUGAAGAAAACAAGAGGGAGACUGUGGCUCAAUGUACAGUACGUAGCUCUUACAUAACUGGGGUAUCAUUCAAAGAUCUAGACCAUUGAUCCUGAUAGAGUCAUAGAGCACUACCACUCAAGGACAUGUCCUAUGGCCCAUCUAGUCCUUGUCUAACUGUUAUUCUAAAUAGUCUCAUCAGCCUACACUAAGACCAUAGCCCUUCAAAGCUUGCCUAUUCAAGUACUUCGACAAAUUUAUCUUGUGUUGAAAGCGAACCUGCAUCCACCACUUUUGCAAGCAGUUCAUUCCAGAAUCACACCACUCUCUAAGUGAAGAAGUUCCCCCUCAGUUUUCCCUCAACUAUUCCACCUUCUACGUUUAACUUAUGCCCUCUGGUUCUAGUCUCACCCAACCUCAGUGGAAAAAGCCUACUCAUAUUUACACUCUAAUCAUUGAAAUUGAUAUGGAAACACCAGACAGGAUUGUGUGCGGAAUGUCAGGAAUAAUUAUGAUUAUACUGUUAUGAAUGUACCACACCUCUGAGGGGCCGACGGGUGCGGGGUAGCCCCCUCCUUUGUGAGAAUCACAAGAUCACUAUUGAUUUGGGUCAGGAGACCCAGGAAAUAAGAGAGAGACAUGCGGAAUGUCUUGUUACCCCCGGCGAUAUAAAGCUACGGGAAACGGCCAUUGUCUCUUGGAGACGAACUUGUGUAUUACAAUACUGUGCUAUGUGGAAGCCCUCAGGCAAAGUGGGCUGGUUGAAGGAGAGAUUGCAUCACCCCCAACCUAAUUGACAUCUGAGACCCUGUGAGUCAGGAUAAAAGAGGGUCUGUAGGAACAGCCCCUCAGACGCACCAGAAGAAACGCUAGCAAUCCCGUAAUAGCAGAAGCCGAUGGGAGGAGGCUACAUGCGUUUGGUUCCACUUUCCCCAGAACCGGUGGCUUUUACCACGGAUGAACGGCUUUUAGCUAACAACAGGGAAACCAACUCCCAAUUACUCUCGAAGGAUUGGCAUCAUAAAAGGACCGGGCAAGUUUUAAACCCGUCUUUCUCUCAAACCAAAACGCAGCAGCUUGAACGAACUAACAGUGACUUUUAUAUUUCCAUCGGACAAUACAUUAACCCCUAGACAAUGAUAGAGCUAUUUCUUAUUGAUUAUUAUUAUACACGCGCAUUUAGAUUUAGUAUUGACGACGUUUAUUAUCUGUAUG